UCCUGCACUCAGUUACUUGCACUUGCAUCUCGACGGUAACCGCACUACACUUGGCACCAAAAUGCGGCGGCACACGGAGAUCCUUCUCAUCAUCAUCAUCGCUUUGGUCUAUAGUGCCCAUGGUCACAAGCGGACGUUUACAAGAUGUCAGCUAUCGCGGGAACUACUGCGAUACAACUUCCCGAGGACUUUGAUACCCAAUUGGGUGUGUCUAAUCGAGCAUGCGAGUGGAAGACAAACGGACAAACUUACGAACCACAAUAACUCCUACAGCAGUUACGGUCUUUUUCAAAUAAACAACAAGGAUUGGUGCAAAAAGGGGAGAAAGGGGGGCAACUGUAGUAUGAAGUGUGAAGACCUUCUCAACGAGGACUUGGCCGACGACGUGAGAUGUGCAAAACGUAUUUACGAUCGUGUCGGUUUCAAAGCCUGGCCAUCCUCCUACGCAUAUUGCAAAGAGAAGAGCCUACCAGAUUUAUCAAGAUGCUAAAUGCUUUACUAUUUUGUGCUCUGAACGAUAGAAUGUCAUAUAUGCAAGUUUUGGUAAUUAAAUGCGCCUGCGAAAAUGUUUGAUGCAAUAUUGCGUUUGCAAGUUUUGCUCAGAAGUUAUCUUCGAUUUUUCAAAAAUUUUAAAGGCUAUGUUCGGAGUACAAAUAAAUAACAUUGUGAAUAGCGCAAGUAUGAACUUUUAAUUGACUUCAUACUUAUGCUUUUUACAAAAUAUAGUAGAAUGUAAGCAUUAGGAUAAUAUAUUUUAAUAAGGUUCUAAGUAACAGAGAUAAUAUAGAGACAUAAGAGAAAAAUUUUAAUUAAACAAAUAAUAGAAUAUAUUAUUUUUAUAAAAAAUAAUUUAAUUACUAGCCUUACUUUAAUAAUUUCACAACACUGCCUAUUUCGUAGUUACCUUAAUAAUAUUUUUGAUUCCGAAUUAUACCUGCGUUUAGUUCUAAUGCAUUUUUAGCGUAAUAAUAUUAAUAGUAGAAGACACAGUUUUUACGUUUAUAUCAAUUUAGUUUAAGGAAUGAAUGCAUACCUAUUAUUACAAUUAAAUUUAAAUAAAUAU